UCACAGAGCACCACGAUGGAGAAGUUCUGGCUGGGUCUCUUGUGUCUCUCAGGCUGGAACAUCUCCUCAUGCCUUCCCUCUCAGUACCACUAUGUAGCUGAGCCUAUGACUUGGACUGAAGCUCAGACCUACUGCAGAGAGACGUACACAGACCUUGCCACUGUUGAAAACAUUGAAGAAAUGGAUCAACUUCUCUCCACAGUUCCAUCUCUGCUUGAUAAACAUUUUGUCUGGAUCGGCCUGUACAGUAAAAUCGAGUGGAAAUGGUCAGACGGCUACACAGAGAGUGGGGCUGAUUAUAGGAACUGGCACCCUGGAAAAGAACCUGACUUUCACGGAGGUCAAUUCUGUGCUCAAACUGGAGAUAGUGGAACAUUUUGGGAUGACUUCUGCUCUUACAGAUAUCAUUUUAUCUGUUACACAGGGACACAACAGGAUCCUGAGUUUGUCUUUGUCAAUGAAAUCAUGUCUUGGUCCGAUGCUCAGAAGCACUGCAGGGAGAACUUCAUAGACCUGGCCACUGUGAGGAACUUCAAUGACACCGAGAAGAUCCUGAGCUGGGUGCAAAAAGGAGACUGGGUAUGGAUUGGUUUAUACAGAGAUCCUGACAUUAACUGGUCUAAUGGGAGUCCCUCCACAUACACAUACUGGAAAGGCAGUUCAACUCCAUUAGGCUCCAUGAGCGUGGUUUGUGGAGCUGCGGAGAUGCCGACAUCAGGAAAAUGGAUUUUGUCUGACUGCGAAACUAAACUCCCGUUCGUUUGCUACAGCUCUCCAUCAACACAGCAGGUGAUAAAGCUCAGGAUGAAGCCAGAGGACUCCACUGUGGAUCUGAAUGACCCUGCUGUGAAAGCAGACAUACUGAAAAAGCUCCAGAACAGGCUGAAGGAGAAAGGACUGAGUGGAGUCACCCUGAAGUGGAAAGAGCAGCCUGAUGGGAAAGUUUUCUACAAGGAAGAAAAAUGUUCUCAGAAGAAAAACCAUGAAAACUUUAAGCUCUGCACAUGA